AUGACGGAUGGCAGCAAUGUGGAUGAUGAUUCAUUAUUGCUACUUCUUCGUGACGCUAUUGUUCAACACUCAUCCCUCAAUGAUAUUAAACUUAUUCUAAGUUGUAAAUAUGUAGAUAUAAACGGAUGCGUUCGACGUGGUCUUCGACCAUUGCACUAUGCCGUGUUUGAAAACGAUUUCGAAUGUGUUCGACUCCUAAUUGAAGAGUAUAAUGCCGAUGUGAACGUCUUGGACGAAGCGGGUUAUUCGCCAUUGCAUUUAGCUGCUAAAUAUGGUCUCCUUGAUGUCAUGCAUUUAUUGAUCGAUCAUGGUUCAUUGAUGAAUUUUCAAGCAGCAGCUGCAACGAACAGUCAAACUGGUUUAUUGGUUGCACCAUACUAUGAUGUUAUGACUGAACCAUUGAGUCUCGCUUUGGAAAACAAUCAUAUCGAGUGUGCACGUUUGCUUCUUUGUUCGGGCGCAGAAGUCAAUCAAAAAUAUUUUCUUGGUUAUGAGAUUAAUUUGUUACCCUAUGAAAACCAUAGCGCUUUGGAACUAAUUCUUCGACAUGGUGCGAAUCCGAAUGCUCUUUCACGCAGUGGAAUAACACCGUUGAUAAAAGCUUGUCGGGAAGGAAAUCUAGGUGCGGUUGUUUUACUUUGUCGUUAUGGAGCGAAUGUCAAUUAUGUGACAAGAAAGUUUCGACAACGAAAUGCUUUGGUUACAGCGAUCGAAUCCAAACAAAGCGAUAUUGUUGAACAGUUGUUAACAUUCGGUGGUUUUGCCAAUAAACAUCCUGAAUUGUCCAAUUCACCAUUGGAAUUAGCGAUUCGAAAGGACAAUAUUGACAUCGUCCGACUUUUAAUCGCAUUUGGUGCUGAUACAAACGAAGAAACCAAUGAGGAUGUCGAAUGUACGACUCCAUUGAUUCUUGCCUGUCAAUGUUCAUAUUUAAAAAAUCAAUAUGAAAUCGUGAAAUGUCUUCUUGAGAAUGAAGCUCAACCGAAUCAAUCAGUGUCAAACAGUCCUCAACAUCAUCACCAACAUACUCCUAUUCGAACGCCGUUAGUUGCUUAUAUCAAACACGCACAUGAACGACGAUUAGAUAUGCGUAUUAUUCGCUUAUUGAUUGGUUACGGUGCUCGAGUAUCAUUUUCUCGCGGGCGAGAUAGCGUCCUUCAAUUCUUACGUCGUUUACAAUCAAAGACAAAUUUAAUUGAAAUACUUUGUGAUGCAGCUUACUAUUUUCAUCCAAGUUACUUGGCUGAAUGUACGGAAUUGGAUGAGAUAACCAAGAAGGAGAUCUUAAAACGUGCAAAAACACCAUCGUCGUUGAGAAAUCUCGUACGAAAACAAAUUCGAGCCGAAAUUUUCAAAUCACCAUUGAAACUGUCGAUCGAUCGCGCUGUCAAAAAACUUGAUUUACCCGUUUUCCUUCAACAUUAUUUACUCUUCGAACAUAUCUAA